AUGGCGACCUUUCGUUCUUUAUCAACUCUCGUUACUUUCGCUUCGCUCGCUACUACCAUUCUCGCUGACCCUUCGCCGAACGCCGUGAAGGUCUGCUCCAUUCUCACCCAGCAAUAUCCCGAGCAAGUCGGCGACAGUGGCCUCGAACUGAGCAACCUCACCAUCGGCCUCGACUACUCCGCCGCGCGAACGGGUUACUGGUCGCAAGCCAACGCCGGCGUGAAGCCCGCAUGUAUCUUCUUCCCGGCCUCGACGCAGGACGUCUCGUUCGCCGUCAAGACGCUGAACAACUACACCGACGUGCCGUGGGGCGUCAAGGGCGGCGGGCACAACCCGAACGUCGGCUUCUCCAGCACACAGGAUGGAGUCUUGUUGUCCAUGGAGCAGAAUUGGGCGACGACGCGGCUGGAUGAGGACAAUUUGGCGCAUAUUGGACCUGGAUCAAGGUGGAUCGAUGUCGCGACGGCGCUGGAUCCUUACCAUCGCGCGGUCGCUUCGGGACGUUUGGGCGAUGUCGGUGCGGCUGGCUUGACGCUGGGUGGUGGUCUGAGUUUUCUCAGUACCGAACAUGUAUGCAAAUCCUGCGGAGACAAGGUCGUGACAGAUCAGCUGACGAGGCUUUAGGGUCUGACUGCCGAUACCGUCCAUCACUACGAGGUUGUCUUAGCCGACGGGACCAUCACGACAGCCAGCAAGAGCCAGAACUCCGACCUCUUCUACGCCCUGAAGGGCGGCGGGAACCAGUUCGCGAUCGUGACGGACUUUGUGUUGGAGACGUUCCCCAUUGGCAAUGUCUGGGGAGGCUACAAGAUCUUCGCCAUGGACCGCAAGGACGCCGUGCUGCGCGCGACGCAUAACCUGCUCUCCGACUACUACGACCCCAAAGCCGCCGUCAUCGUCACCUUCACCACCACCCUGCACACCCUCGUGGACAUCUUCGUCGUCUUCUUCUUCUACAACGACCCCAGCGGGCCCGGCGAGAUUCUCAGCGAAUUCAACAGCAUCCCCUCCAUGCUCGACGGCACCCGCGCCGACCGCUCGUACAAGGACCUGCUCGACGCCAACAGCGACUUCUCCCUCAAGGGCCUGCGCUACCUCAUCCGCACCGGCACGCUGCCCAACCUGCCCGGCGACGCCGGCCUGGACAUUUACAACUACACCCUCGACAGCUGGUACGAGCUCGCGAAACAGUACCAAUCGCAAACCCCGCUCGACCUCCUCGCUUUCAGCAUGGCUUUCCAGCCCGUUCCCUACACCCUCGCCAACGCCUCCGUGCACGCCCCGCACGGCGUGAACCUGCUCGGCCUCGACCCGCGCCACGGCGACAAGCUCUUCAUGGAAUACGACGUCUCCUGGCUGUCGUCGGCCACGGACGCGGCCGCGGCGGCCUUCAUGACCAACAUCACGCAGCCGGUGCAGGACUACGCGCGGCGGAAAUACGCGACGGCCAAGCCGACGCAUUAUGUCAGUGGGGAGACGGCGGUCACGAAUUUCAACCCGCUGUUUAUGAAUGAUGCCAUGUAUAACCAGGAUCCCGUGCGGAGCUAUGGCGAGGCGACGUAUGCGAAGUUGAAGGCGAUUCAGGAGCAAAGGGAUCCCGAGGGGUUCUUCUCACGGCGCGCGGGAGGGUUUAAGUUUACUUGA